CGUCCGUCCGUCCAUCCCUUCCUGACUCCUGUGAGCUAUGCUGCGUCUGCACAGGCAGCAGAGCGCCGCCUUGCGCGCUGUGCGUUCUAUCCACUCCACGGCGCGCCGACGACGAGAGCUGUUCGAUCCCAGCAAUGUCGAGAGGGCCUCGGACGAAGUUGACGUCUGUAUUGUUGGCGGUGGCCCCGCUGGGCUCAGUGCAGCCAUUAGGUUGAAGCAGCUCGAGCAGGAGAAGGGCCGCGAGAUCCGCGUGGUGGUGUUAGAGAAAGGUGGCGAAGUCGGCUCCCAUGUGCUAUCAGGUGCGGUAGUUGAGCCUCGCGCUCUGAACGAACUGCUCCCCGACUGGCAAAAUCGCUCGGACCACCCCCUCACACAACCUACCACGCACACCUCCAUGCGCUUCUUCACCAAGUCCUCCUCGUUCCGCAUACCACAACCACCACAGAUGAAGAAAAUGGGCACCUACAUCCUCUCGCUCUCACAGUUCACCGCGUGGCUGGGCUCCAUCGCCGAGGAGCUCGGUGUAGAGGUCUACCCUGGUUUUGCCGGUGCAGGCCUUGUGUAUGGGCCCGACGGGAAAAGCGUGCUCGGGGUGCGCACAAACGAGGUUGGCCUGGACCGCGAGGGUCGGAUGAAGGAUGCCUUUGAACCUGGCAUGGAGUUCCGCGCCCGCGUCACUUUGCUUGCCGAGGGUGCACAUGGCUCGCUCUCAAAGGAGGUCAUCCGAAGGUUCCACUUGAGGGAGAACAGCGACCCGCAGACGUACGGCAUGGGUGUGAAGGAGGUAUGGCGUGUGGACCCAAGUAAGUACCGGCCGGGAGAGGUGGUGCAUACGAUGGGUUGGCCCAUCGACUGGAAGACCUACGGCGGCGGAUGGGUGUAUCACAUGGCGGAUGGCCUCGUCAGCUUGGGUUUGGUGAUUGGGCUGGACUAUGCCAACCCAUAUCUCAGCCCAUACAGAGAACUUCAGCGUAUGAAACACCAUCCAUAUUUCCGGGACCUGCUUUCGGGCGACUCAAGCCGAAUAGCGUACGGCGGACGCACUCUGAACGAGGGUGGCCUGCAGUCCCUCCCGCAGCUGCACUUCCCCGGUGGCGCGCUCAUUGGGUGUUCCGCCGGCAUGGUCAACGUCGCCAAGAUCAAAGGCACGCACAACGCCAUGAAGAGCGGUAUGCUCGCCGCUGAGACCGCCUACAACGCCUUGUCCGCGCAAGAAGAGGGCUCCUCGGUACCGGCAGACAUGAGCGAUUACGAGACGGCGUUCCGGAAUAGCUGGGCGCACGCAGAUCUGCACGAGGUGCGCAACGUACGGCCGUCGUUCAACACGCCGCUGGGCAUGUGGGGCGGCAUCGCGUACUCGGGCGUGGACACGCUGCUUCUGAAGGGACGCACGCCGUGGACGUUCCGGAAUACGAAGAAGCUGAGCGACGCGGCGCACACGAAGAAGGCGAGCGAGUGCACGCCGAUUGAGUACCCGCCGUUCGAGGCCCCGUUGAGCACGGACUUGCUGACAAGUCUUGCGCUGACGGGGACGAACCAUGCGGAGGACCAGCCGGUUCACCUUCGGGUGCGGAAGUAUGGCAAGGGUGUGGCUGACGCUGGGUUGGAAGCUCAGCCUGGAGCGGAGGAGGGACUGGCGACAGAGGAGUUCGAGGAGAGCAAGGCGGUAAGGAGGGAGCACGUGAAAGCGAACGUGGGCGAGUACGCCGGGCUGCUUGGACGAGCAUGUCCAGCUCAAGUGUACGAGUAUGUGGAUGAUGAGUCUGCCCAAAAUGAAGACAGUGAGGGCUGGGGAGGAAAGAAGCUUGUGAUCAACUCACAGGUAGUGUCCUUCAAUAGUUUGGUUACGAGGUGCUGUUCUGACUAGAUGUUCCUGUCCAGAACUGUAUACACUGCAAACUCUGCGACAUCAAAGUGCCGACUCAAGAUAUUACGUGGACAGUUCCAGAGGGCGGCGGAGGUCCCAAGUACACUGUUACCUGAUGCGAUUGCAUA